AUGCCGACGUUAUUUUCCUUUCAUUCCUACUUUGAUUACUCUGCUUUUGAGCUGAGGGUUUACCGGAAAGAGUUUCUCUACCACAAAGGUAAGGUUAAGGUUUAUGUACAUCCUAUCCUGCUCAAACACCACUUGUGGGAUUAUAUUGGGUCUUGUGUUUCAACAUAUCCUUUAGUAUCAUGGAUUAUGGACUUGGAUGCCCACAUUGAUGGAAAACUCUUUGUCUGCAUUUCAGUUACAUCGCGAGCAUGGGAAAGUUCCAGAGGUGUAUCCAUGAUUCCCUUUGCUGAUUUUGCAAAUCACUGUGAUCUCUCUGACACAACUGUUUUGUGUAAUGAAGAGAAGCAACUUUCAGAGGUCAUUGUUGAUUAUAGUUACGCUCCUGGUGAUCAGAUGCUCAUAAGAUACGGAAAGUUUUCAAAUGCAAGACUCCUUUUGGACUUUGGAUUUACUCUCCCUUGUAAUGUGUAUGACCAGGUUGAAGUUGAGCUGACUAUACCUCAUGAAGACAAACUACGUCAGUUGAAGUUGGAGCUUUUGAGCAAACAUCAGAUACCAAUUCUCAAAGAUGUCAAUGGAUUCAGUUCCUCUGAGAAUUCGUUUGUACUCAAGGAAGUUAGGUUUGCUGACGCUCAAGGUAGGGGAAUUCCACAGUCAAUUCGUGCAUUUGCUCGUGUUCUGUGCUCCAAUUCUCCACAAGAGAUAAAUUAUUUGGCCAUGGAAGCUGCAGAAAAUGAUGGUCGGGUGGCUCGGCGUCCACUAAAGGACAAGAGCAGAGAGAUUCAAGCACAUCAGUUUUUGCUCUCAAAAAUCACUGGGCUAAUAGAUGAGUAUAAUGCAUCUAUUAAGUCAUUGGAGCUGCCUACUCUCUGCAUGGUUGGAAAAAUUGCUAUGCGGAGACAAAUGGCUCAAUACCUUCUCACGGGCUACAUUGUUUGCUCUCAUAUAGAUGCAGAUAUAAUAUUGGGGAAAGGGAGGUCCACUUUUUCUUUCCUGGAAUGUUUAAAUUGCAAUUUUAUGGGGAGCAAUAUUAUUAGAAUCAACUAUAAUACUAUUGGUUUUGUAAAAUUUUCACUCGUCACAUUGCGGAUGCGAAGAUGCAUGAAGCAUGGAAAAAGGGGAAAGGACGAUUGA